AUGAUAUCGUCGACGACUCCAAAAUCUGUCUACGCCAGAAAAGCGGCUGCGACAAUCACAAAAGCGGCAGAUCCGGCGACGCUAAGUCUGUUCAAAACGGCACCGCUUGUAGCUGGAGCCGGUGCCUGCGAUCCCGACGGUGUGGCUGCAAUCGACGGGGGAUUAGCAGCAGGUGACGCAGAUGGAGACACUGGAGGAGAAGGAGGAGAGUUAACGGUGGCCGGAGAUGGAGCAGUAGCAGAUCCGCUCUCAACAGGAGCAGAAGCCGUUGGCGAAUUCGCAGAUGGCGUCACUGCCACGGGAGCCGGAGCCAUCGCCCUUCUUGGAGCCGCCGUCGGCGACGUUGCCGGAGAAGAAGCGGGAGAUUGUUGCGCCAUUGUAGAGCUCACCAGCAAAGCAGCCACUAGCAUCAACACAAUACUGGAGCUCGCCAUUGUAGAGAUAGAGAAAGAGAAAACAGGGAUUUUAGAGAGAGUGUGCGCGUAA